AUGACAUCAGCGCCGGCUAGCAGUAGUAUAUCCCGAUCAGAGCGUACCGCUGGUAAGAGGAAGGCGCCGCUUGAAUCGAUUAAGAGCUGUUUUUCGCUCGCUGCCGUCAAUCCGCAAGAUCAAUCCAUCGCGAAUAGCCAUAUCGCGUCGUUUAAUUCCACACGUUUCCAUCAGUUACUUGUCCGGUGGGUCGUUAUCGGUAACAGGCCAUUUACGGAAGUAGAGGAUGCGAAUCUGCGUGCCAUCUGUAACCUUUUCUACGAUACGCCCUUUAACGGUCACUUCCACUAUAACAAGCCAACUUGGACAUCUUGGCCACUUCGCCGCCUGCUAAUAAGCCCCGAUUUCACAAACCCUUCCAUACUGGAGAUCGCCGUAAUCCUCCCCCUACAGCUAACAACCACUACUGAGUCGACGGCGACGAAUACACUACUUGAUGUGCUAGUGACCAUAAGAUGGGUACGGAUAUACGUGACUCUAUUGGCUACUAGUAUAACCGCCGGUUAA